AUGUGUGGUAUCUUUGCUGCUUACAACGUCGAGGAGGUGGAGGCCUUCAAGGGCAAGGCCCUGCAAUACUCGAAGAGAAUCAGACACAGAGGCCCGGACUGGUCCGGAAACAAGAUCGUCAACAACACGAUCCUGUGCCACGAGAGACUGGCCAUCGUUGGCCUUGAUUCCGGCGCCCAGCCAAUCACCUCUCCGGACGAGAGAUACACUCUUGCCGUCAACGGCGAGAUCUACAACCACAUCCACAUCAGAGAGGAGUUCAAGGACUACAAGUUCAAGACUCUCUCUGACUGCGAGCCUAUCAUCCCGCUGUUCCAGAAGUACGACGUGGACGCCCCCAAAUUUCUGGACGGUAUGUUUGCGUGGGUGCUCUAUGACAAGGAGGAGGACAGAGUCGUUGCUUCCAGAGACCCUAUUGGUAUCACGACGCUGUACAUGGGCCGUUCGUCCAGCAGGCCAGGAACGGUGUUUUUCGCCUCGGAGCUGAAAUGUCUGACCGACGAGUGCGACGAGAUCACCCACUUCCCUCCAGGUCACGUGUACGACUCGAGGACCGACAAGCUGACCCGGUACUUCACGCCUUCGUGGUGGGACGGCGAGAAGAUCCCAACCACUCCUGUCGACUACAAGAAGGUGAGAGAGACGCUGGAGAUGGCUGUGAGAAAGAGACUCAUGGCGGAGGUGCCGUUUGGCGUGCUGCUUUCUGGCGGACUGGACUCGUCGCUGAUCGCCUCGAUCGCCGCGAGAGAGACCGCCAAGGCCGCCAAGGAGGCGGACUCUCACACCGAGGGCAUCGACGCGUCGCACACGCUGACCGGUGUGGACGACGACGGAAAGCUUGCUCUUUCGGGCUGGACCAAGCUGCACUCGUACGCGAUCGGUCUGCCGGGCGCGCCGGACCUCGUGGCUGCCAAGAAGGUGGCCAAGUUCAUCGGAACGAUCCACCACGAGCACACCUUCACCGUGGAGGAAGGCUUCGACGCUCUGUCGGACGUCAUAUACCAUCUGGAGACCUACGACGUCACGACGAUCCGCGCCUCGACCCCAAUGUACCUGCUCUCGAGAAAGAUCAAGGCGCAGGGUGUCAAGAUGGUUCUGUCUGGCGAGGGCUCCGACGAGAUCUUCGGUGGCUACCUGUACUUUGCCUCUGCUCCGUCUCCGGAGGAGUUCCACACCGAAUGCGUCAAGCGGGUCAAGAACCUGCACUACGCCGACUGUCUGAGAGCCAACAAGUCCACCAUGGCCUGGGGACUCGAGGCUCGUGUGCCGUUCCUGGACAAGCAGUUCCUGGAGCUGUGCAUGAACAUCGACCCGAAGGAGAAGAUGAUUGUUCCGGAGGCCGGCAGAAUCGAGAAAUACAUCCUGAGAAAGGCGUUCGACACCAGCGACGACCCGUCUGCCAAGCCGUACCUGCCAGACGAAAUUCUGUGGAGACAGAAGGAGCAGUUCUCCGACGGUGUGGGCUACUCGUGGAUCGACGGACUGAAGGAGCUUGCGGAGAAAUCCGUCUCCGACGAGGAGUUUGCCCACCCUAAGCCCGAAUGGGGCGACGAUAUCCCAACCACCAAGGAGGCGUACUUCUACCGCUGCAAGUUCGACGAGCUGUUCCCAAGCAAGGCCGCCGGCUCCACCGUCAUGAGAUGGGUGCCGAAGGCCGAAUGGGGAUGCCACGAGGACCCUUCGGGCAGAUACGCCAAGACCCACGAUGCGUCGGUUCUCAAGAACUGA